AUGCAAUCCACCUCACCUUUCCAUUCGCUUACUCCGGAGGUGAAGUACUCUCCGCCAUGGCAGGACCUGAGCAUCAUCGGCAUCGCAGGUAGCUCCGGGUCUGGCAAGACCUCGGUGGCCGCUGAGAUCGUCAAGUCGCUAAACCUUCCCUGGGUCGUGAUUUUAGUCAUGGACUCUUUCUACAAGACUUUGACUCCCGAGCAGCACCACAAAGCCCAUCAAAAUGAAUAUGAUUUCGAUUGUCCAGACUCAAUUGAUUUUGAUCUUUUGGUCGAAACUCUCAAGGAUUUAAAGAAAGGAAAGAAAAGCCACAUCCCAGUCUAUUCGUUCGCCGACCAUCAGCGUCAGCCCCAGACCACCACUCUGUAUUCGCCUCGAGUGUUGAUCCUCGAGGGUAUUCUGGCACUGCAUGACCCUAGAAUUGCUGAGCUUCUAGAUGUCAAAAUCUUCGUUGAGGCUGACAUGGAUGUCUGCUUGGGCCGUCGGAUACUUCGCGAUGUCAAGGAAAGAGGUCGGGAUAUCGAAGGCAUCGUUAAACAGUGGUUUACCUUUGUCAAGCCGUCCUACACCAAAUUUGUUGCACCUCAACGGGGAGUCUCCGACAUCAUCAUUCCUCGCGGAAUAGAGAACUUAACGGCUAUUGACAUGGUUGUUAAACACAUCCAACGCAAGCUUCAAGAGAAGUCUGAAGCGCAUACCGAGGAACUCCACAGGCUCGGGCUCAUCGCUGCAAAAGUAGAACUGCCGCAUAACGUUCAUGUACUACCUGCAACCCCCCAGAUUGUUGGAAUGAACACUAUCCUACAAAAUCCCGAGACUGAGGAGGUUGAUUUCGUUUUCUACUUCGAUCGACUUGCCUCAAUUCUGAUUGAGCGAGCCUUGGACAUGACCCAAUAUGGCCCAAUAAACGUGGAAACUCCACAGGGGAAUAAAUAUAUGGGUCUUAGUCCCCGAGGAGCUGUGUCCGCUGUUGCUAUCUUACGUGGCGGUUCUUGCUUAGAAACCGCCCUGAAGCGAAGCAUUCCCGACUGCAUCACUGGCCGGGUUCUCAUCCAGACUAACGAGUCUAGCCAGGAGCCUGAACUACAUUACCUAAAGCUUCCACCACAGUUGGAGGAGCACAGCAGCAUCCUGCUGUUAGACCCACAGAUGUCUAGUGGAGGAGCUGCACUCAUGGCUGUGCGUGUCUUGAUUGACCAUGGUGUCCAAGAAGAAAAGAUCGUUUUCGUGACAUGCGCAGCCGGAGAGACGGGCUUGAAGCGCCUCGCUGCGGUAUUCCCUAAGAUUAAUAUCAUUGUUGGUCGGAUUGAGGAGGAUGGCGAGCCGCGGUGGAUGGAGAAGCGCUACUUUGGAUGUUGA